CAUAAACUUUUUUAUAAAUUUUUAAUACAAGUGGAUCUCUCUUCGCUCUCUGUCUCGAGACUGUAGAAGAGGGGGAAAAAGAGAAAAAAAGAAGAAAAAAUUCUUGGAUAGACAAACAAGAGGAGGAGGAAGAAGAAGAUGCAUUCGUUCGGUUACAGAGCGAACGCGCUGGUGACGUUCGCGGGUACGAUGCUGGCGUGCUGUGCGGCUUCGCCUCUCUCUAUCCGAACAACUUCAACGUUCCUCCCCACCGCCGACGUCCAGGUAUUGAAUAUAAACUGGUUCCAGAAGCAACCAAAUGGAAAUGACGAGGUCAGCUUGACACUAAAUAUAUCAGCAGAUCUUCAAUCCAUGUUCACCUGGAACACGAAACAGGUCUUUGUCUUUGUUGCUGCUGAGUAUGAGUCUCCACAGAAUGCAUUGAAUCAGGUUUCACUUUGGGAUGGUAUCAUACCAUCAAAAGAACAUGCAAAGUUCCGGAUUCAUACAACAAACAAGUAUCGCUUGAUUGAUCAGGGAAACAACCUCCGAGGCAAGGAGUUCAACCUGACCAUGCACUGGCAUGUGAUGCCUAAGACGGGCAAAAUGUUUGCCGAUAAAAUUGUUAUGAAUGGAUACCACCUGCCUGAGAACUACAGAUAGUGUUUUUGCUCCCUCGCUGUAUUUUGGGCUCUAAAUUAAAGACUGUGCCUUGUAGAAUCUAAUUGUGAUACAAACCUAUAAUGUGUAGCAGGUUAAUAUAUUGUUUGAGGAUCUUAGUAUUAUGGAUUUUUUUUUUUGUUGUAGCAUCACUAAGAUCUGAUUUUGUUAUAUACUUUAUUUAGCUUC